AACUUGCAGUCUGCCUUCUCAUCCGAGGGGUCACGUUGUAAUGCCUCAAGACAUCUACAGAAGAGACGAUGUUGUCAUCAUACAGUGCGAUGAAAGAAAUGAAUCCGUUACAUGGCAGUGCAACGGAACUUCUGGAACUUGGGUUGAAUUGAGAGACAUCGAUUGUUCCACUGACACACCAGAAGGAGUAACAAGAACUACUACAAUAAUAAUUUCAGUCACUGUGCCGGGCUUGAUAAUACUGUGCAUUAUAGCUGUCCGAGCCCUAUUAAGAAACCGCAUCUGGAACAGUAAGAAAAGCAAUCAACCAGGAGAUUCCAGGGAAAAUGCCAUGCUGCAUCACGAGUAUAUGGAUCUCACCUCACGAGGAGAGAAUGGACAAGGAACGAGGCAAAGCAAUCAGCCAGCAGAUCCCAGGGAAACCAUGCAACAUCAAGGAGCAAUUAAUGACCAUCAGCAUGAUCAGGAAAAUUUGCCUCCCUCACAAGGAGAGCAUGGACAAGGCCCGGGACAAGGAGCAAGUGGUCGACGGGGAUCGGGACCUCCACGCCCUCUACCAUGUCUACCAGCACCUCCAACAGGCGUUGUGAAUGGCCAGCACCAACUAGAUGGAAUGACUGUACGUCCUCCCCCAGAACCACCUAGUAGUUCCACAUCUACAUGCCUUAAUCCCAUUUAUGACCUAACAGUGUUCGCAGGUCAAAGUGAUACUAUGGAAUCGACAACUUGAUGACUUUUGAGGCACAACUCAUCGCAACGGGAAAAAAAUGCUUUUUAAUCACUUUAAUGGAAAUGCGUAUUCAUGAAAACGCAAUAAUAAACCAUUAUUACUUGGUGAUUUAUUUUAUAGGCGUACUUAAUAAUUAUAGCUGACUUUUUCUAUUCCUGUGGAAAUUAUGCACGGGAAAUUUAUAGGUCGACAUAUUGCUUUAUUUGUGUGAUGUUUAGGAAGGUAUAUUUUAUGUACGGUUUACAAAAGGUAUUUCAUUAUUGAACUGAGGGAAACGUAUACAAAAAUAAUACUAGUAUUGAUAAGAAUCAUAAUUAUGAUGACGACGAUGAUGAUCAUAAUGACGGUAAUAAUGGUGGUGAUGAUGAUGUUGUUGGUGGUGGUAAUGAUGAUGAUGAUAAUGUACUAAUAAUGAUUAGAAUGAUGCUUCGCUGCAAAACAUAAUUAUCUUCCGUACCCCUUCAUCACGUAGUUUUGGCAGUGCCCCAUUUUGAUGCUCUGUGUGUGUUUCUUUGUUACAGCCAUCUUUACCAUCAUGUUCUUUAUCGCCGGGCAAGCGGAUAUGGGGGCAUGUGGAUAGUCUCAUAUUACAGAUCAAUUCCCAUCUGCUUAUUAACAUGAUUAUUGAGUCUCCAGUCCCUACCCAGCCCUCGAGGAACAGAAAGGAAUACGAUAAUAAUAUAAUAAUGAUAACAAUGAUAAUAAUACAAAAAAUAGUUAGGCUCUUAACAAUGAUACAAUAUUUUGAGCAGGUGUUGUAAUAUUGGAACACUUGAAUCUUAAAUGAAUAUGUUACCAAGUUCGCUAAUAAAGUACUUUCGCACGCAAUAUUUGUAUUAUCCUAUAUACAAGCAUUAGUAUACAACACUCAAGAAUGUUCUGUAAUCUGAUAUGUCCAAAUCGGAUCACAUGGUGUUCAGCGAAUUGCACUAUGGCAUCCAAAAGGCACUAUCCUGCACUCUGACGUUCUACCAACAUGACCAAAUGUACUAUCCUGCAUUUUGACGUCAUACCAAAUGCACUAUCCUGCACUCUGACGUCAGAAUGCAGAAUAGUGCGAGGUCUGGAAUUAUCUAUAAUUAUCUAGAAUUUAGAUCAAAUAUAGCAUUCAGGGCAACUCAGAAACAUGCGGGAGGGGUUAUAUAAAAUAAGCAAUCCACGCAUUAUUGUGCAUAGAGGACCUAAAUAAUGAACUCUGUUCUCGACUCGCCAAUUGGAUAUACCCCACUCGAUCCUGCGGACCUCGUUGCGGUAUUUCCAUUGGCUCUUUUUGCACAUCGUUCAUUAUUUGGCCCUGCACGCACGCGCUUGCGCUUGCGUGCAUUACCUGUAUAUUAUCUGCUGAUGUGUUGUCUCCAUUAUUAAUAUAAAUUGUAUUUUUAAGCCUUGCUAUCUAUAACUCAUAAUCAAUGAGACAAUGGAACCAUACACAGAGCUUGUCAGUUCGAUCUGCUCUUUAAAAAAUAGAAGUUAUUUCUAUUUACUAUUAUAUUAAUAAUAAAAAAAAAUACACUGGAAGCUUCGGAGCGAUAAGUUCAACAGUUUGUAUAUGAAACUGUUCUUGUUAAGAUAAUAUGUUCAAAUUAUAGUUUUCUUUCGACUAAAUUGAACUUUGAAAUUACGAAAUUUUUAUUUUUCUUUCGUUUUCGUAUUUAGAACCAAAUGUGACUUUCAGUACACAGAAUAAACAAUGCUUCAGAAUGUUUCAUCCCAUACAUAAGUAGUGAGCGGUCAGACUGGUGUAUUUUCAACACACAGGGGGUAAUUCAUUUUAUAAAGUUAUAUCUUGAAUGUAUUUGUCGAAUCCAACAAUUCAAAGUUUAUUUACUACGUUUUCUCUAUGCCACAUUGUAACAUUUCGCGAAACUAUAUAUGCGCUAACCUACUGAUAAAUUAAGGAUAAACUUUUCACACCAAUAAAGGUUGUGUUCUUGAGGAGACAAUAAUAAACUUCGUGACAUGUUUCUUAUAUAUGCAGUCUACAUUCAUUCUAAACAGUUUAUGAAAUGUAGUAUGUAAUUAAAGAUGUUUUGCGGUCCUAAUCAAGUUGCAUUUGCACAGAGAGAAAAUGUGGUUUGCGAUAAAAUAUUUUUUUGUAUCAAAGAUUAGUGAAUAUGAAUGUGAGAAUAUUUUGUAGUGAGUGCAUGGUUUGGGUUUGUGAGUUGCGUGUGCGUCUUAGUGUGAUUAUGGGUGUUGUUUGACUGUUUUUGUAAUUUCAUAAUAACUGAAUUAAUCAUGUUUUAGCUUUUAAGUUUAUGUUUUUUUUAUUUAAUGAAAUAUGGAAUUGCUAAAAUUGACAUGAUAAUUAUGUGUCUGUGUUUGGAUGAAAUCAUAAUAAAACAGCUAAACGGGG